AUGGCUGAGGAGGUGUAUAUGAUGGAGCCGCCCAAGGGGCAGGACAGGUGGGAAGCUGGAAGUGCUGCGACUAUACAGAUCAUUUUGGGUGCUUGUCUGUUCACACUUGGGACGGUCAUUUAUGGACUCCGGAUCUUGACCAGAGUGCGGCUGCUCAAGAACCCUCUUCGUCUUGACGAUUUCCUCACUGGCGCCUCGCUUUUAGCAUGCUGGGUCUUUUAUGCAUGCACUAUGGGUAUGGUUGCCCAGGGAGGCUGUGCUACCAACUUCUGGCAAGUGACUCAAUCUCAAUACGAGUCAUUGCUCAAAUGGACUAUCCCCGUCAACAUCUUCUACAUGCUGUCCUCCGAUCUCGCCAAAAUUUCUCUUCUUUUCUUCUAUCUCCGCCUCUCACCCGAACGAACCUUUCGAAUCGUCAUCUAUGUCCUAAUCAGCCUCUUUGGUCUUUAUGCCCUCAUCUACGCUAUGAUUAGUCUUUUUGGCUGCCAGCCCAUCAAGGCCUCGUGGGACCUUGCCGCCCAAGCGACGGGCAAAUGUGUGGACAAGUUCGGCUUCUUCUUGGCUGCGUCGGUUGCCAACGUAGUCAUGGAUCUGGUAAUUUUGCUGCUGCCGUUGCGGAUUGUCAUCCCGCUACAAAUUCCUCGUCGACAGAAGAUGUCACUUCUGUUUCUGUUCACUACAGGUGGCUUUGUUAUCAUCGUUGCCAUCUACAAUUGUGUUCUCACUGUAAAGCUAUUCAGUAGCCCCAACUACACCUGGGGCCUUGCAUACGAACUCUGCUGGAUGUACGCUGAGUUGACUGGCUGUGUCAUAUGUGCAUCUGCCAGCUCUCUCAAACCAUUCUUCAAGCGCAUCCUACCCACCAUCUUCACCAGCCAUGGCGCCAGCUACGGCGGGCCCUCGGGAGCAACAGGCGGAUCUAAUGCCAUCAAGAGCCGAAGACAGUUGAGCCGCAAGCAAGCUGAUGCCAUCGAACUCCAAUCUGGAGAUGACUCCGAGUCAGGCAGAAAGGUUACCGAUGACGAUGAAGCUACACUCUGGCCAAAGCCACAGCAAAGUUUCGACAAUGGCAAUCACCAGGUCUUGGUGACUGCGCCUGGAGUAGGUUCUGGUGUUGCUGGUUCACGCAGAAGCAACUCCCAUUACCACAGAAACGGUAAAGCUGACGGCAUCGAGAUUAUUUCAACGACGGAGGUUAUGUACAGUCCUAGGUAG